AUGGUGAAGAAGGGGAAGGGACGGGAGCUGAAUCCAGCUGAUGCAUUCAGGAAAACACAGAGGGCCAAAGAAAUUGCACGGAACAAGAAGGAGAGGUCACUGCAGCGAGAUGCCUACUCCAAGCGGGAUGAUCCUGAGAGUCUGAAGGAGCAGCUGAAGGAGGUCAUUGCAGCAGAGCAGGCCGGCAAGUCCAAUCCGACGUUGCGGCUGAAGAAGAAAGCGCUGCAAUCAGCAUAUGAACAGGCCAUCAAGAGGCAGAUGGAGGAGAAGGCCUGCAUCAAACUGGCCCCCGGAGAGGCAUCCCUGGCUGCAUCAGAGACCAUGCACCGACCUGAGGAUUCUGUGUAUUACCACCCGACCUUGAACCCGCUGGGUCUCCCACCCCCCGGCAAAGCUCAGCGGUAG